AGAAUAAAGAAGUUGUUUUUCUUCAGAAACAAAUAUAUCCUUCACCUCCACUAUACUUCAAAUCAGUAUCGAUCCCUGCUGUCACUCCCCAUACCUCUCUAUGUUGCAAAAGUUGUGUCUACCUUAGUUAUAUUGUCAAUGAUAACAACCCACAAACAUAGUGGCCUAAAAGGGUGGAAAAGAAUCGAUCUUUAUUACUUUCUUAUAUAUAGCCACCUUCAAGUUUCCAUUUCUUGUGUGUGAAGUGUGAACUGAGUUUAUUUGCAAAGGCAAGAAGACAACUAGCCAUGGGGGAGACUCAAUCAGAGGUGGCCACUAGGAAAAAGAUCAAGUACAGAGGAAUAAAAGCUAUGCCCCUUGUUAUAGGAAAUGAGACAUUUGAGAAACUGGGGACAAUAGGAACCUCAGCAAACUUGUUGGUUUAUCUCACUACUAUUUUCCAUUUGAAGAACAUAACUGCCACUAAUAUCAUCAACAUCUUCAAUGGAACUUGCAACUUUGGCACUGUUAUUGGAGCCUUCUUCUCUGAUACUUAUUUUGGCCGCUACACCACACUGGGGUUUGCUUCAGUUGCCUCUUUUCUGGGGAUGCUUGUUAUGACCUUAACAGCCGCGAUUUCAACGCUUCACCCUGAACCCUGUAAGGGUUCAUCAGCUACACUGUGUAAUGCACCCACAGCUGGGCAGAUGGCAUUCUUGCUAUGUGGUUUUGGACUGCUAGUGAUUGGAGCUUCUGGGAUAAGGCCAUGCAAUUUGGCUUUUGGGGCUGACCAGUUUGAUCCCAAUACUGAAUCAGGGAGAAGAGGGAUUGGCAGUUUCUUCAAUUGGUACUACUUCACCUACACAUUUGCUGUGAUGGUUUCUUUCACUGCUAUUGUGUAUGUUCAGUCUAAUGUUAGCUGGUCCUGGGGACUAGCCAUUCCCACCCUCCUCAUGUUCCUGUCUUGUGCGCUGUUUUUUGCGGGAACUAAGAUUUAUGUCAGAGUUGUCCCUGAUGGUAGCCCUUUCAAGAGUGUUGCUCAGGUCCUAGUGGCCGCUUUCAAGAAGAGGCGCCUGGAUUUGCCUGAACAGCCUCUCUCACUUUUCCACCAUGCUCCCUCCAGCUCUCUCAAUUCUAGGCUUCCCUUCACAAAUCAAUUCAGAUGUUUAAGCAAGGCGGCAAUAAGAACAGCAGAAGACGUAAUCAAGGAAGACGGUGCAGCAGAAAAUCCAUGGGAGCUUUGCAGCGUUCAGCAGGUGGAAGAAGUGAAAUGCUUACUAAGAAUCCUCCCAAUAUGGGGAGCUGGAGUCAUAUACUACAUCUCCGUCGUCCAAGCUCAGAACUUUGUAGUCUUCCAAGCCAUCCAGGCCGACCGCCGUCUCGGCGGCGCCGCCUUCCAAAUCCCACCCGCAUCCUUCAUAGUCUUCGCAAUGCUAAGCAUCACCAUCUGGCUACCCAUCUACGACCGCUUAAUCCUCCCAAUCCUCCGCAAACACACCAACAAAGAAGACGGCAUUACCCUCCUCCAGAAAAUGGGAAUCGGAAUGUUUCUGUCAGUGAUCACUAUGGUUUUAUCCGCCAUAGUUGAAACCAGGAGAAGAACGUUAGCCGCAGGAAUGAAAAACGAGGUUUCUUCCAUGUCUGCGCUGUGGCUGAUUCCUCAGAUGGCCCUGUCGGGGCUGUCCGAGGCUUUUGCGGUGAUUGGCGAAAACGAGUUUUUCUACAGACAGUGCCCGGAAAACAUGCGGAGCAUUGCAGCUUCAUUCUUGUUUGUCGGGCUUGCAGGGUCUAGCUACCUUAGCAGCUUGUUGACAUCAGUUGUUCAUAGGACAACAGGGUGGUUGGCUCAGGAUUUGAACCAGGGGAGAUUAGAUUACUUUUAUCACGUAGUGGCAGCAUUGGAGAUGAUGAAUCUCAUAUAUUUUCUUGUGUGUGCAAAGUGGUACAAGUAUAAAGGAAACACAAACACCCAUAGUCUCCAGAAACCUCCAGUUUGAUUAGGGGUAAAAAAUGAUGAUUAAAAUCAAUUGUACAAAUGUUUUGCUCGCCAUAACUGUUUUUGUAUGAUAUAUGAUGUUAUUGAGUGGUCCAUCAUAUUAUGCCUCCCA